UCGAGUUCAGAAAUCGCCGGGAAAAGUGAGAUUUCGAACUAUUUUUGUACAAUUUUGUGAUAAAGAUAAAGGUAAAAGGAGCACACUUCCAAAGAUGCCGAAAAAGCCAGCCAAAAAUGGAUUCUUUUUCUACAUGCUCGAAUGGCAGCAACGGGCUGAGGCUAGCGGAAAAAAGAAGCUCAGCCUCGCUCAAGUUCAGGAACAAGCAGGUCCUUCGUGGACGGCGAUGAACGCGGUUCAACGUGCUCCCUACUUAGAAAAGGCAAAGCAGAGCAAAUUGAGUGGCGGCGAUGGUGUUAAGCUGACCUCGCAAGGCAUCCCGGUGUCGCAGAUCGAUGCCGAAAGGCGUGAGAAGGAGGAACAUGAAGCGGCGAUCAUUAACCGACUUAAAGCGAUGCUAGAAACGGCUUCACAGAAUGACACGCUGGAGAGCUUGGAUUUUUUUAUCAUCUCAUUCGCGUACUUCUGUGUCAACUCGGACGGUGACUACUUGCCGGCUGAGAUGGCGGUGGUCCGCUUCAAUUUGAAGGAUGGAGUGCACGCCAAGCUUCAUAUGCUAAUUAACCCUGGCUGCCUGCCCCUCGGUAUGGCUUACGAUGCGCAGCAGCACGCAAACGAUGACCACCAGCUCCCUACACCACCGGACGCGCUGGGUGAAUCGGACUUUGAUAUUAUCAACGAUAAGUUGUUGCAGUUCUUGGGCUAUAACAAUGGCCGUAUUCCGCUACUUUUUACUGAGCGGGACGACGUGGCGAAGGUAGAGAACAUGCUACGGGGUAUCUUCGGUAUCAGCGUUACCAAGGACCAGCUGGGCGUCGGUUCGCUGGCCGAUAUGUUCUUUCAUCUGAAGCGUGCUACCGAGAAGCAAGGAUUGGAUACACAGACCUUUGGCUCGGUACACCGCGCUCAGCUUUUAAUAACCAAGGACAUAUAUGACUAUACUGUCGGCAUCGCCUGUGAUUACCACGAAACGAAUUGCAACGUAAAGAACUGUGCCCUGUCACGGUGUGUCCGUUGGGGCUACGUCAUAGCGGACAACUGCUGCAUGGAUCUGUGCAUCGAACUGCAACCCGGAAAGCACGUGCCGGCCAACGCCGAUACGACAUCGCAGUACGCCACUCCAGCGUAUAACAGCAAUAUUAGCAGCAGCGGCGCGUACGAUACCGACGAUAAAUCGUACGUAUCAUUUGCCACGGUCUCCCGCGUUACGAGUCCCUUUUACGGAGGAAGUUCGAGCAAUGGUGGUUAUCGGGCUAACUCCACGGUACCGUGCAACGACUCGACCGAUAGCAAAGUCGAUGUGAAGAGACCGGUCAAGCUCGAGUAUGAAUCGCCUCUGAGUGUAGGGGAACCAAUGGCAAAGCAUCAGCACCGCGAUUUGGAUCUGCAGAGCAAUUACGCUUGGUCAGCCGUGUCCGGCACGAGUUCCACGAGCCGCGGUCGUGGACGCGGACUGCUACUGGGUGAUCUAUCUGUUUUGGGAGCGGCGGGACGUGGCAAAUUGAAGUAGUUUCCCCUGCUUUCUCUUACUCCAUAUUUUUUUUCCUACCAUUAUAUUUCUUCCACUUUACUCACUUUAAGCACACUUUCCGGCGCUUGUUCAAGUGCAAUAAUAUGCAGAAUCUCUACAGAGAAAAAAAACGUUAUUGAGGUGUCGAACAAAUGCAGAGGCCCGAACCGGCCCGGUAGUGCGAUUAGAUUAGUACCAAACCAAAAGCCAUGAAGAUGACUACUGCCAUUAGAAGGGGGAAUAACACAGGGAACUGUUAUUUUACCUAAUGUUGAACUACUGUGAUGGCGUUAAACAGGUCUAGCGUAUGAAUUGCUACCACUGGAUGUUGCGGAACAAGUUUGAAUUCCAUUUUCUAUAUAUAUAAAUUUUACAAUACAAAUGACACAAAAGCUAAUGCGUUUUAUGUUGUUAAGCAAUUUAAGAUAACACUGAGAUGGUUUCUAGAGAGUAAGCCCUUGGCGCGGUAUGCCGAUAACAAAGCUACACAUUUUGCGUUUUUCUCAAAGUCAAAAUCCUCAACAAAAAUUCGGUUUAACGUUAAACGCCGAUGUGCGGAUUAUCUUCAUAAUACUUUAUUUUUAUCAUUCUCAUUUCAUAAUAAUAAUCCCAGGCCAUUCAUGUCACGGAGUAUUUAAAAAAUAAGAUGAUAGCAUGAAAACACAAAGGGGGUAAAAACAUGGAACGGGAUGUGGAAUGGCAUAAUAUCAUUUAAAAAAACGCUAUAGCACACUCAGUGACGCUUUCAUUUUUCCUACACACAAAUAUAGAGAACCACUAGAGACUAUCAAUCGAAUAUUUACAAACGACGCAGCGUGAGCUGCUCACGCAGAAAACCA